AUGUCAGCGUGUCCCUUUGCUAAUCCCGAUAGGCUGAGCGAAGCCAGUUACACCAGGAGCAUCACGUCAAGUGCUUUGAAUUAUCAAUAUCAUUCUUACCACGAAGGAGAAUACAUCCUAGUAGGCGACACUGAAACAGAUAUCACUAAUCGAUCUAACUUCCGUUUGAAACUUAGCCCAAUGACGAAAGAGAACAAGAUCGACUCGAUUUAG